UCCAUGCUUAGAAAGACCAAAAAACAAGAUUGAUUCACUGCUCCCUGGUUCCUGUACAAAAUCUGGAAACAUGAAAUUUUUGGACCUUUUCGGGCGCCUAAAAUCUGUGGUUAUUGGAAUGAUUCAUGUAAAAGCUUUACCAGGCACCCCUUUAGGAUGUAUGAAAAUGUCUCAGAUCAUUGAAGAAGCAUGCAGGGAGGCGGAGAUCUACCGUGACGCAGGGAUUGAUGGUUUGAUUGUAGAGAACAUGCACGACAUCCCUUACUCGUUCUCUGUGGGUCCUGAGGUGUCUGCCUGUAUGACUUCAGUGUGUGCUGCUGUGAGAGGCCUCUGUCCAUCUCUGCCACUGGGAGUGCAGAUACUGUCCUCAGCUAACCAGCAUGCAUUGGCUGUAGCUCUGGCCUCAGGUCUGGAUUUUAUCAGGGCUGAAGGUUUUGUCUUCUCUCAUGUGGCUGACGAAGGCCUCCUAAACGCAUGUGCUGGGGACUUACUGAGGUAUCGCAAGCAGAUUGGAGCUGAGCAUGUGCAGAUCUUCACCGACAUCAAGAAGAAGCACAGCUCCCAUGCCCUGACAUCAGAUGUGAGCAUUGAGGAGACGGCACGAGCCGCCGAGUUCUUCCUUUCAGACGGACUCAUCAUCACAGGGACGGCUACUGGAGUGCAGGCUGACCCGCAGGAGCUCAGAGAAGUUUCCCAAUCUGUGAAAAUCCCAGUGCUGAUAGGCUCCGGAGUGACCUACGACAAUAUUGAACGUUACCUUGAUGCAAAUGGAAUGAUCAUUGGGUCUCAUUUUAAGAAGAGUGGUCACUGGGCCAAUGCCGUCGACCCGGAGCGAGUGAAGAAGUUCAUGGGGAAGAUGUGUGAACUUCGGAAAUGAGAGGCUGAUCAGUGAUAGGCACGUCCUGUUGGACUGAACCCAUCUUUGAUACACUGUACUGCCACCUUAAUUAAACACGUUCAGCCAUCAUCUUAAGA